AUGAAGCAAUCCACUAUCCUUGCCCUGAUUCCGUUCCUGGCCGGGGCCAAUUCCCUGACUACUCCCCAGAAGCCUGCCCACUUCGACCUUAUGGCCGUCAGCGAUGGGCCUGUCCAGUAUCGCGCACUGGCCGUCUCCUCCACUUUCUUCUGGCUGGGUAAAGGCGACGGAUACACAGACUCAUACUGUCCUCCCAACGUCGAGAAGGCCGGCCGUUGCCCUCCUGGCAGGGACACUGUCCUCAAAGAUGCCAAUACUUUGGACACCAUUGUACCAGACCAGGUUAUCUAUGUCGACUCGAAUUAUGCCGUCAGAUACAGCGGCCCGAAGUCCGUCAACAUUGAUUCUGGCGGUAAGACAGGCGGAUUCAAGUACGUUCCUGGCAGUCGAUAUGGCCAGUGGGCCUACCAGGGUGACGGCUUUGAUGAUUUCCUCGCCUGUCCCUACAACAAUGGCAUUUACCAGGUCUUCAUCAACAGCCCCGACGCAACACCCCCUCGCGGCCAGAAGUUGGACGUCUGUGUGCCUUUCACGGCUGGUGCUUUGGAGUACGAUCUGCCUGCUAAUGUUACGGCUGCUGCUUGGGAAUACUAA